CUCGCCAUGUCUUGCGUCGCUCUUCGUCAAGUGGAACCUUUUGCUUCUGAAUGAAGUGGACUUUUGUGUGCGUUUCUCUGUGUUACAGCCAAAUAACACUCAUGACAGUUUGAUCUUUGUUCUGCAGUGACGGGACAAUUUGUUUAAGAGGAGGCGGGCGUUAUUGUGGAAGUUUCCUAAAAGUUUUCAACAAAAGAACUGUCAUGGAACACAGUCAAACGGGGAAUUAUAAAAGAGGACCAGCUCUAUAUGAAGUCCCCAGAUGAUUUCAUUGAUCAUUUCAUGCGCCAUGCAUGGACCAACUGUUGCACUUUGGCUGCGUUUGGGGUUUUAACGGGACUACAUGUGGAGACCUGUAUCUGUACACCCAUGAAAGAUGGCGCAAAUGCACUGAGGACCUCGAUUCAGUGUCCUUUUCAUCAUCUUGACCAUUUCUAGCGCGUGAAAACACCUUGUUUGACUUAUUUACUACAUCAAAUUAAGAGGAGCCUUGCCAUUGCAACCAGAUUUUGGGUUUGGCUUGGGAUAUCUGCACACUUUCUCCUAUAGUUCUCAGUUUACUUUUGAGAAGAUGACAGAUCCAGUGUUAUGACAGCGUUUCCCUCGUCGAGCCUCUCUUAUUAUCCACAUGGAUUUCGGGCAGGUUUGCGUUCCUCAAAGCGGCUCUUAAGGUUUCUUUGGUGAAAGGACACUCCAAACUCUCGAAAUGGCUCCAUUAAACACGGAAUAUGGGCAUGUCUCCUGGCCUGAGCCCAUUUGAUACCGUCCUGUCGCUGAUCUGACUGGUGUAGUGACCAUGGUCUCCUCCGGCUGCGCUCUCAUGGUUCUCAUGGUCACCCAGGUGUUCUGUGGAGGCUCCAGUGGACUCGUUCCUCAGAUCGGCCGCUCCUCGCUGUCUCAGGACGUCCUGCAAGCGUUUGAAAUUCGACUUCUGAGCAUGUUUGGUCUCCAGAACAGACCCAGUCCUAGCAGGUCCGCGGUGGUUCCGCAAUACAUGAUGGACUUGUACUCGAUGCACUCGGUGAAUGCGGAGCAGCAUUACAGCAACCGAGCAAGUGUCACCGGGAAAGGUUCGGAAAGAUCCGCCAGCCGCGCAAAUACAAUAAGGAGCUUCCAGCAUGAUGAAUCCACGGAGGAUCUGUCGAGCUUGAGCGGAAAGACGACGCAACGGUUCGUCUUCAACCUGAGCUCCAUCCCCGGUGAGGAGUUCGUCACAUCGGCAGAGCUGCGGAUUUUCAGAGAGCAGGUUAUGAGUUUUCUUGGUAACGGUAGCAUGGGAUACCACCGCAUUAACAUUCACGAGAUCAUCAAACCUUCCGGUUCCUUCAAAGAACCAAUCAUGAGACUCCUCGACACUAGGCUGGUUCACCACAGCUUGAGUAAAUGGGAGAGUUUUGACGUGAGCCCGGCUGUCAUGCGGUGGACUGCGGACGGACACCCUAACCGUGGCUUCGUGGUGGAAAUUGUACACCCGGACGGCACUGAAGAGGACUCCAAAAGACACGUACGUGUCAGUAGGUCCCUGCACGACAGGGAGGACACCUGGCCUCAAAUGAGGCCGCUUUUGGUGACCUACAGCCAUGACGGAAAGGGCAACGUGCUGCACUCUCGCGAGAAACGGCAAGUACGGACAAACAAACAACGGAAGAAGCACAAAGCGAAUUGUAGAAGACACUCGCUCUAUGUGGACUUUAGCGAUGUCGGGUGGAACGAUUGGAUAGUCGCCCCACCGGGUUACCACGCAUUUUACUGCCAGGGCGAGUGCCCGUUUCCUCUGGCGGACCAUUUGAACUCCACCAACCACGCUAUUGUACAGACACUGGUCAACUCUGUGAACAACAACAUUCCCAAAGCGUGCUGUGUGCCCACAGACUUGAGUCCGGUUUCUCUGCUCUAUCUAGACGAAUAUGAGCGAGUGAUCCUAAAAAACUACCAGGACAUGGUCGUUGAGGGUUGCGGAUGCCGUUGACGCCUAGGCCUGGAACGCACAGACAUUGACAGACACUUUCUUUUCCCAAUACUACACUUUAUUUAUAAUAAAGUAAAACACAUAUUUUGGAGAGGUAUAUAAAGAUAUAUUUAUGUUCACUAUUGGGAAAAUAAAUAUUUUAA